GCAUGAGCAGCUCUCAUAAGCGGAAGACCUUUCUGUCUACGUUCAGGUGGAUUUGUCGACUUAUUGAGUGUGGGUACACGACGUGUUGUAUCAAACAAUUACUAUGGUGCACGGAUACGGAAAGAAUGGCGGGCGCGGACGUUGUUAUGUCUUUUGGAGAGACUUGCUGAUGUGCGUGCAGCAAGCUGAGUAUGCGAACAAGGACCACACGAAGCAGUGCGAGCUGGAUAGAGAAGACUACAUAGAAUGUCUUCAUCACAAGAAGCUGUACGAACGUAUUAGUAUUAUCAAACGAGAAAAGGAGCGUUUGCUAAAGGAAGGACAACUCAAUGGGUCGAAAUUGUCAGGCAAGGUGUAAGGGUGCGAGAUGAAGAGAGAACUCGUUGUAUUGUUAUUAUAUGCAGUGAAGUGUAGAUAAGACUCUGGUUGUUGUACAGCACUGAAUGCUUAAUCGAGAUCAUUGAUCAAACUUGUUGUGAUUGAUAUUUUAUGAUUGUGAUUC